AUGUCAAAGAAUGUGAGCUUGGACGAGAACUUUCAUGCUCAAGACGGUGUUAUCCUACCUGUAGCAAUACAACCACAUGUCCCGAGGCGGACAAAUGCAAGAGCAAGACUUGCCAAUGCCCAGCCGGGAAAGUUGAAAGCGAAACAGGGAAGUGCAUCGAUGUCUCCUAUUGCCCUGCUCAAUCCAGAGAAACACGACCAUGUGGUCGAAAUGAGAGGCGUUAUGUGUGUGGAACAGCAUGUGAACCUACAUGUGCUACACCUUAUCCGACAUGCACAUCGCAAUGUGUUCCAAAUGUCUGCCAAUGUGAAGUUGGAUAUAUCCGUUACACAGGAUCUUGUAUUCCCAAUUGUCGUUGUUGUACCACCACCGCCGCCACCAGUCUAUCCAGGGCGAUAUCUCACCUACUAUAUACCGCCAUAUCAACCGUACUAUGGUCAACAGUUCAGAUAUUUUACUUGUUCUCCUUACGAAUAUUAUGUGCAGUGUAUUCCAUGUGAGCCAGUCUGCAACAGUAAUUACUACGUACGUUUCAAAGUUAAUCGUUUAACCCAAAUUUCUUCCUAG